AUGAGCGGCGCGCCAGCCUCAAGCGAUCCUGUAUCGCGGCGCUUUGCGGUCCACUCGGUGGAGUCCAAGCUUGCUCUCGUUGCAAUCGAGACGGUAUUGCUUGGCGUCCUCACCUGGUUCUUCCUCCGUUGCCUCGUGGCUCUAUUCAUAUGGCAGAAGCAUCUGGGAUCUUGGUUAUCCCAAACAGCCGGGAAGAUGCUCAUCAUCCCCUACGGAGUGACGUGGCUGUACGUCAUCACCAACUUGCUUGGCGUGAGAGCGUACAUCUUGGAGGCCAUAUCGGCAGGACCAGGUUCGCUACUAUCGCCACCAGCCAGCACCGAACCCGAUGAUGCAGAUGGGAGCCUGCAGCGCUUCUUUUUCUUAUCCCAAUGCGUGGGGUCGGUGACACUCACUUUGAAUGUCAAGCUGUUUGGCCUAGUCUCGCCUUCGUCGUUUUCUAAUCUGGGGGGUUCUCAAAUCACAGACACUCCUGUUCAAUGGCGUGACUUGUUGGAGGGCUUGUAUGCUCUGGGGCUUGGGAAGGCCGAGAACCAUGUCUUAGGCAUCAUCGAUUUCGUUUGGGCUUGCCAACCCCGGAACAACUUCGAUACAAUCACAAUUGGCUCCGCAAAUCUAUACCGAGGGUACCCAGCUGCACGAGUCGCGGUUUUUGCCCCGCUCAUCUUCAAUGUCGCUGUAACCUUAUUGUUCGCAUAUAGGGCUUGGCAAGCGCGAGAUCUGGUAAUCAAGUAUAUUAGUCAAGGACAUGGCUUCGCCAAGACGGAGAAGGUGCUAUUUCUCAUCGUGGAGUCCAAUGCUCUGUGGUGUAUAUUUUCGGGCAUCAUCGCCUUGUGGGAAGGAAAGAUCAACAGCCCUUCACUCGCACAGAACAGCUCGCUCGAUAGCUUUUGGGCGUUCUUCUCUGUGAUCGUCGACGGUGCACUAGUCCCGCUUCUGGUCCUUACUGCGUCCAUACAGGCAAUCCAUAUAACCUUUCUUAUUCUCCUCGGCAUCUCGGGCAAGUCAACGUUCUUCAGCAAGGGCAUUGUCCCCGUCCCGGCCAGCCGACUACCCAAAGCUCCGAAGACGUGA